ACACACACACACACACACACACACACACACACACACACACACACACACACACACACACACACACACACACACACACACACACACACACACACCCUCUCUCUCUUGCAUUAAGAAUGGGUACUUUGCAAUUAUCAGGAUGAAAAACACUGACACCACAUUUUAGCUCAUCUAUCCUUGCCACAGCCUGUGUGAAGCUGUCAGAACAGCUGUGCCCCAGUCAUGGCUUGUUAUGGCUACCCUUGGCCUGAAAUCCUGAACUGUAACAAAUUUCCUGAAGAUCAUGAGCUGUGCAUCCUCCUCAAUCACUGAUGAAAGCACUUCAAGCAGGAGAAUAGUGCCUCAGGCCAGCUGCAAGGACUGUGAACUUGAAGAACCCUGCUCUCCCAAGGAGAUCCUAGAAAACUUUUGCACCAGUGAUUUUGCUGUGAAAAUUAGGAUUUCCAGGAAGAACAAGACCUCCACCAUUGCCGAUUUUGACCUUGACUCCAAGUUGGAAGUUCUGAAGCAUGGUCCCCUUCUCAAGACUGAAACCCAUCCCAAACUCCAGCAGUGGCUGAACUUAGAUGCCACCUGUGUACACAAUAUUAUGAGAGGCACAAACACAGGGGUCUAUGUGAUCAGUGGUGAGGUGCAGAAUGACAAAGUUGUGGUGGUGAACAAGGCCUAUGCAUGGCACAAGCGGAACCGAAAUCUACAGACUGCUGUGCGGCGAUGGAAACAUUACAAAUGCCGGACCUGAACUGCUUUUGGCCCAAGUAUGAUCUAACCCAAUGAUAGAAAGCUGCUCUCCUACUUGUAUCUAGAAUUUUUCCUUCAACAUAUUUUGAGUAGGGUUAAAAAAGUAAUGGUUAGCCAAACAGCAAGAAUCAUACACCACUGGACAAUGAAAGAAAUUUUCAAACUGUGUUCAAAAAGCCCUGGGGUUUCCUACAAGCUUAUUGGGGUUCCUCAAUGAGAAGAUCAAGAAUGGUUGACAAGCUUGUAUGAAAUACAGUUUGUUCACCAUUGCAGCUAUUCCCUUGCAACGUGUGGCUUCGGAAAGUGCUGAGUGUGUCAAAAGGUACUCUGUGUGUUCACACAAGGCGAUACUGAGACCCAAGCCUGGUCAGUUUUCCCUGAAUAUACACCCUAGCCCCAUUCCUCAGAAUUCUCUACCACUGCCACAUGUUCAAUGCAGGAAUAGCUUGUCUGGUGGGGCAGAGCCACAGCAACAACCUCCUGCCAGCAGCUUCACUGGGAGGGGUUGGGGUAGUAUUGAGGUUGGGACUGUAUGAACGUACUGGGAGACCCAAUUCAGCAGCUGUGUACCCCAGGCCUCACCCAUCCUAGUAAGCAACAGUGGCACUGCUAGUGGUCAGCUGUUGCUAUGGCUCUGUUCCACUGGUGAGUCAUUCCUAGUUCUAAGACAAAUGUGUAAAGGUUCAGAUCUACACCGCCAACAUGGAUUUCCCUUAAUGUUUGAAAACAACAGCUUUCAGAGAAUACUGUGAAAAGGCCUCAUUCGGGAAGAACAAGUUGUUGGCUACUGCUCCUAAGACUGUCACAAUAAAUGAGGAUUUCCCCUAAACUUCAGGAUUCAAUGAAUUGUCAACUGUUAGUUAAUAGCCAUGGGGAGGGGGUAAUCAUUGCUAUAGCUGUUAUAGUUUGUAUUAAAAAGCACUAGUUUACUGAAAACUGCUAUCCGUGACAAAGACUGACCCCCCACUUUUCUGUGGAUAUGAUUAUGACAUCAGCAAUCACCACAGGGAUAAUUGUCUUGAGAGACUUUAACAUUUAUAACUUGCCUGGAGUAGCUCAGCACUUCAUGGCUGUUAUGACAACUACAGGCCAGUCACUACAAGUCAGUGUUAUGAGCAGGGGUUCUAAGGAUGAGAAGGUUCUAGCCCUUAUCUGAGUGGUGGACUGGAGGGGGGCAACUGAGGAACUCUCUUUCCCCAGCCUCUGGGGACCUGGGAGGGGGGAGUAAAGUGAUGGAGAGCAGAAGGCAGGGAACAGCAUUCAGGCAAAAGAAACUGUUCGAUCUAACUGGAAGGAGAGUCCAUGCAAGGUGUGUAGUCUGAUGUUUUGAUUGUCUCUCAUGUUGUUGUGGGGUGACUUCUUAGGCUGGGGGAGGGGAUAAAGGAAAUGGGAUUAGGAAAGGAAGGAGAUUAAUACACUGAUGUCUAGCUUGGUAACAGUAGCUAGAGGAACAGAGUCCCCAUCUUCCCUCCCUCUGAUUUUGUUCGGUAUUAUAAAAAUACACACAGAAAUAGGGACUAAUUUGGUUGGUCCUAUUUCUUAGCAGAGAUAUAAAAAUACAAGCAGCAGAAUGAGAAUGUAAACCAGGCCCACCUUUCUCUAUAUAAAGAACAGACACAAUCUUUUAGGUAAAAGAUAAAAACAUUUACUCACAAAUUCUUCAUAUGUUCAGAAACAUAGGCUCUAGCUUAGAAGAAAGAAAAUAGGAGUCUCAGUUCAUUUCAGUGGUUUAGUACUGAUGCUCUCUGAGAGAGCAUUUGUGCCAUGCGGCCUCUCUCAAUGGUGGAUAGAUCAGCAAAAAAAAAGAAUAUUCAAAAGUCCCCCAGGACAAAGGAGGAGGAAGUCAGGUAAAUAACCCCACCCAUUAGGAAGUUACAUCAUGGUAAAACAGGUACAUGGGAUAUUCCCCAAAUAUCCCUUAAAGUGACCAUGCAACAUUUGCCUAUUCCAACAGAUUUUGACUUAUCUUAGGAGCCUGACAGGAUUUGGGGGCCUGACAAAUGGCAGCAGAGUUAUGAAAAAAGACAGAAGGAGUGAAAAUGACAGAAUAGUUGCGAACUUCAAUCUCUGCUAUUGCUAGGCUGACUUUACACUUGCUUGAAAAUAAUAAAACUUUAAAUGAAUGAA